AGCGCUUUAUCUUGAAUCAUUUGAGACAAAAAAAAAUGGAGACCACCGAAAAUCAAUCAAAUUUGCUGCACCAGAUUAUACCACCGCGUCUAGAAGACGCAGGUCUCGAAGAUCCCGCGCUACCGCCAGAUUUAAUCCACGAGGCGUUUCUCAAGGCCGCCGCCGCCGUGAAAUCAGGCGCCGCAUCUAUAUUCUCCGGCGAUGAUGCUUGCAUCGAUGAUCCGACGCCUGCUGAAGACGAUAAGUGCGAUGUUGUGGAUGGAAUUGAACCGGAGAAUGAAGUGCCGGGACCGUGUGUGGAUGGGUUGGAAGGGUUGGAGAUUGAGGAGAAAGAGGAUGCGAAGGAAAGGGAAGAAAAAGAGAAGGAGGAGAAGAAACCUAUCUUGGUUGGAAGCUAUGUCUGAGAAAUUUGGAUUUUGGGUUUUAGGUUUAAUCUCUAGUUUGGUGUAUGAAUAGGUAAAAUCUUAAUGUAACUGGUUUCGUUUUGCUUUGUUUCUAAAAUAAUACACCAAGUAGUUUAUAUUUUAUAUUAAAA